UCGGCCUCCUCGGCCUCGCCAUGCUCCGCCCGGGCGCGCAGCGGGGCCUCCUGCUGUCGAGUCUCCGGCUGCAGGGCUCCCCCGGCCGCCCGCGCUCAGCCUGCGGCUGCCAAGGAGAGGAAAACCCACCUUUGUCUGCGGAAACAAGAUGGAAAGACAGAGCAGAAACUGUGAUAAUUGGAGGUGGCUGCAUUGGUGUGAGUCUGGCUUAUCACCUGGCCAAAGCAGGGAUGAAGGAUGUGGUCCUCCUGGAAAAAUCAGAGCUCACUGCUGGAUCUACCUGGCAUGCAGCAGGUUUAACAACUUACUUUCAUCCUGGAAUAAACUUGAAGAAGAUACAUUAUGCUAGCAUCAAACUUUAUGAGAAAUUGGAAGAAGAAACUGGACAGGUGGUGGGGUUCCAUCAGCCAGGGAGUAUCAGAAUCGCUACCACUCCUGAAAGGGUAGAUGAAUUUAAAUAUCAGAUGACUCGGACUGGCUGGCAUGCAACAGAGCAGUAUAUUAUUGAGCCUGAAAAAAUUCAAGAGAUGUUUCCGCUACUCAACAUGAAUAAGAUUUUAGCUGGACUGUAUAAUCCUGGAGAUGGUCACAUCGAUCCUUACUCUCUAACUAUGGCCCUAGCUGCUGGGGCUAGGAAAUAUGGUGCCCUUUUAAAGUAUCCUGCCCCGGUGACUUCUCUGAUACCCAGGUCAGAUGGAACAUGGGACGUUGAAACACCACAGGGAUCUAUGAGAGCGAAUAGAAUUGUGAAUGCUGCAGGAUUUUGGGCUCAUGAAGUAGGUAAGAUGGUGGGACUAGAACACCCUCUCAUUCCGGUCCAGCAUCAAUAUGUUGUGACAUCAACUAUACCUGAAGUGAAAGCUUUGAAACGAGAACUCCCUGUGCUCCGUGACCUGGAAGGAUCCUAUUAUCUGCGACAGGAAAGGGAUGGGCUUUUGUUUGGUCCAUAUGAAAGUCAGGAGAAAAUGAAAGUGCAGGACUCGUGGGUCACCAACGGAGUCCCUCCAGGGUUUGGAAAGGAGCUCUUUGAGUCUGAUCUUGACCGAAUUAUGGAACAUGUGGAAGCUGCCAUGGAAAUGGUUCCAGUCUUGAAAAAGGCUGAUAUCAUCAAUAUCGUCAAUGGUCCUAUCACCUAUUCUCCUGACAUUCUGCCUAUGGUGGGGCCCCAUCAGGGAGUCAGAAACUACUGGGUGGCUAUAGGCUUUGGGGUGUUUAUCUCUGUAUUUGAAAGAUAUGGCAUAAUCCACGCCGGUGGGGUAGGGAAAUAUCUCAGUGACUGGAUCCUGCAUGGAGAACCUCCUUUUGAUCUGAUAGAAUUGGAUCCUAAUCGCUAUGGCAAAUGGACAACAACUCAGUACACUGAGGCCAAAGCAAGAGAGUCAUAUGGAUUCAACAAUAUAGUUGGUUAUCCUAAAGAAGAGCGAUUUGCCGGGAGACCAACUCAGCGAGUCAGUGGGCUUUAUAAAAUCCUGGAGUCUAAGUGUUCCAUGGGGUUCCAUGCAGGCUGGGAGCAGCCACACUGGUUCUACAAACCAGGCCAGGAUACUCGGUAUAGGCCAAGUUUUCGCCGCACAAACUGGUUUGAGCCUGUGGGAUCUGAGUAUAAACAGGUUAUGCAAAACGUAGGGGUUAUUGACCUGUCACCAUUUGGCAAGUUUAACAUCAAAGGCCAAGACUCUGUUAGACUGUUGGACCAUCUCUUUGCAAAUGUCAUUCCAAAGGUGGGUUUUACAAAUAUAAGUCACAUGUUGACACCAAAAGGUCGAGUGUAUGCCGAAUUGACUGUUUCUCACCAAACUCCUGGGGAAUUUCUACUAAUAACUGGUUCUGGAUCCGAACUUCAUGAUCUUAGAUGGAUUGAAGAAGAGGCAGUCAAUGGUGGAUAUGAUGUUGAAAUUAAAAACAUAACCGAUGAGCUUGGAGUUCUUGGGAUUGCAGGGCCGCAUGCAAGAAAGGUUCUUCAGAAAGUGACCUCUGAAGAUCUUAGUGAUGAUGUUUUCAAGUUUCUUCAGACCAAGUCUUUAAAGGUUUCAAACAUUCCUGUCACUGCUAUUAGGAUAUCUUAUACUGGUGAGCUGGGUUGGGAGCUGUACCACAGACGAGAAGAUUCUGUAGCCCUUUAUGACAUUAUCAUGAACGCAGGCCAGGAGGAGGGAAUUGACAAUUUCGGAACAUACGCCAUGAAUGCCUUAAGACUGGAGAAAGCUUUCAGAGCCUGGGGGUCAGAGAUGAACUGUGAUACAAAUCCCUUGGAAGCUGGACUGGACUAUUUUAUAAAGCUAAAUAAGCCAGCAGACUUCAUAGGAAAGCAAGCACUGAAACAGAUUAAAGCCAAGGGGCUGAAACGGAGACUGGUCUGCCUCACCUUGGCAACGGACGAUGUUGAUCCGGAGGGAAAUGAAAGCAUCUGGUAUGAUGGCAAGGUGGUUGGCAACACGACGUCUGGAAGCUACAGUUACAGCGUCCAGAAGAGUCUGGCGUUUGCCUAUGUGCCUGUUGAGCUAAGUAAAGUAGGACAACAGGUGGAAGUUGAACUGUUAGGCACAAAUUAUCCGGCAACCGUCAUACAGGAACCCUUGGUAUUGACAGAACCAGCCAGAAACCGGCUUCGGAAGAAAAAUGGAAAGGACAAAAUUUGAAAAAGACCCUCAGCAGGCAAUUGAAUUAUGUUUGCUCUAUGACUACCAAAAAUCAUAACUGAGUUUUGGGGGGGAAUACAAGAAACCAAUAAUUCAUGGGUUCAUUCAAAUGAAUAAUUUGAGUAAUUCAUUCAAAAUCAUCAAAAUCUAGAUUUCUCAUCUUAAUAAAAUAACAAUUCUUUUCUAAACAAGGAAGAAAAAUGGAUUAGUGCUGUACUUUGUUCUUUCAAAUGAAGGUAUUUGAAAUGAAUGUUUUUAUUACCCUAUAUUGUUUAUGAAAUUCAGCAAAACAUUUAGGUGUUUGCGAAUAUACAAUCGCUAUUAUAACUGAAUUAGAGGAAAUUAUAUAAUUGUAAGAGCAUCUGCAUAUGGUUCUUGUUACCUGACAACAAACUAAUUGUUCUACAUAAAAACAAAUGCAAUACUAUUCAUUGAUGUGUUUCAUUAGGAAACAGUAGUUGAAUAAGGGAUAGUUUUAAUUUUUAUAACGUA